AUGUUUUUCAAUGAAACUAACAUUUUGAAGACUUUAGCUAACGAUCGAAUAUAUUUUAUUAUAGGCACACCUGUAGAUGUAAAUGUAUAUGAUAUUCAAGGUAUUUCGUUAAUUGCUGAACAUAGUGAACCCGUAGUUGUACGAACGACUGUUGCCUAUAAAGUGAAUACAAGUUUAGCUGGACAAGGUCAAUUAAAAGCAGAAUUAAUUCAACCACAAACAUCAAUUAAUCCUUGCCGAUGUCAUAUAAAUGAACUAAACAAUAAUGAAUAUCUUGUUCAAUAUAUUCCAAAUGAACCUGGACGAUAUCAGCUACGAAUUUUAUUCAACAAUCAACUUGUGCAAGGGAAAUCAAUCGAUACCGAUGUUUAUUCACUUUUGCCACCACCUACAUUAUCGACAAUAUCAACGGGUCACACUAUUUCUAUACAAAAAAUUCUACCGCAUGAUAUUCCUCGAAUUGAUGACGAUGUUUGUCUACAAAUUAUUACUGAUAAAUCACCUCUAUUUGGGCAAAUAUCUUGCAAUGGAAUGUCGGUUCCGUGCCAAGUUGACCAAACAAAACAUCAACAUACUUGGCAUCUGAAAUUUCGACCCAAUGUGAUCGGCACUUAUAAAAUUCAUCUACUUCAUAAUGGAUUACCUAUUAUGAGUUCACCCUAUCUUAUCCAAGUUAAAGAUAACAAUGGAAAGAGUCUUCUUUCCGGUCUCACCAAUAUACCCUGUCGAAUACAAAUUCGUACAAAAUCAGGAUCUAACGCGCAAAUUCGAGCAGUUGUUCUUCUCGAGACUGUACAAAUUCCAUCAACUAUAACAAUAGUUAAUGAAAAUCUUGUUCAUAUAAAUUUCAUUCCACAAGAACCUGGUCUUUAUCUUAUUAAUAUAUUCAAUGGAGAUCAAUCUAUUCAAGGAUCUCCAUUUUCCGUACAUGUCAAUCGACAACAAGCCGUUCAAAUAUCUGGCCAAUGCCUACAUCGCUUACGUCUCAAUGAUCGUGGAGUAUUUCGUGUUCAUUGUCACGGACAACGAGGAACUGUUGAUGCGAAGAUAUUCAAUCUCUGUGUUGGUGAAUGUGGGCAAAAAAUUUCAUUUCAAUUACUGGAAAACUAUGAACAAUUGAAACAAUUUCCAUCACAAAUUUUUCAAACAUCAUUAACAAUACUUCUCGUUGCUCAAUUACGACUGACACGAGAACGUAUUCGAAAUUUGACAAUUGAAGAAAAACUUGGUAAUGCCAUCGUAUCAUUUCAAUUGGUUGAAAUAGCAAAACAAUUGCCAACGAAUGAACACGUGAUCAAUGCUUUACGUAAUUUAAUAAAUAAAGAAGCCAUUAAUUUGCUUGAUCCAAAUCGACGUUUACUGCAUGCUCUCGGUGGAUCAUUAGUUGUCGGUCCGAAAGGUGAACCAGUCGAUGUAAAAUUAUUCCCGCAAGCCAACGGAGAUUAUACGGGUGAAUUUACACCAAGAAAAGUUGGUCAAUAUCGUAUUGAUAUUACAUUUGCAAAUGUACCAAUACAAGAGAGUCCAUUUUUUACUGAAGUCUACGAUCCAUCACAAAUACGAAUCGGCUCAUUGCCAAAAGAUGUUCUUGCCGGCGUAGAAAAUGCAUUAAGCAUUAAUUUGAAUAAUGCAGGAAAUGUACCACUAGAAGUUACCCUUACUUCACCGAUGGGUAUCAAUGUUCCUAUUAAAAUUGAUGAUACGCUGAAAAUAAAAAAGAUAUAUUUUACACCAACUGAAAUUGGUUUACAUCGUUUAAAUGCUAAAUUUGGUUUUGACAUUGUGCCAGGUACUCCUAUUCAAAUGAUGGUUAAUAAUAUGCCUAUUGUAACGGCAUAUGGCGAUGGAAUUCAUCACGCUUCACAUGAGCAAGAAGCAACAUUUAUGAUCGAUACGAAAGACAUGCAAGGUGAUCUAAAAGUUCAUAUUGAAGGUUCUAAUUCUGUUAUUAAAAAUAUGCUUGAUCGAAUUAAUGACCGUCUAUAUAAAGUAACGUAUAGACCUGUUCAAGUUGGUUUUAUUAAUAUUAGUGUAAAAUGGAAUGAAAAAGAUAUUCUAAAUAGUCCAUUUACAGCAAAUGUAACUAAUCCAGAACGUGUACUGAUCGUUGGUGGUUGGCAAUCGAUAUUGGAUUCACAAAAUCGUAUGCAUGUGAUUAGUAAUGAAGAGAAGAAAAUUCAUUUUGACACUUCACAUGCUGGACCCGGUAUCUUAAAAGCAGAUAUUCGCGGCGAAGAUAGAACGUCUAUACCAUUACGUAUUGCUCAACAGGAUUCAUCAUCGACUCUUAGUUUUAUCAUUUUAAAAGAUGGUAAAUAUGAUUUAACAAUCACAUAUGCUGGCAAUUUGUUACCGAAUAUGCCUAUUCGAAUUGUCGCAACUUCGUUAUCUGCAGAAAAUUCCAAAGUGAAAACGUAUGGUCGUGGUUUAUAUGAAGCACGAGUUAGUGAACAAGCAGAAUUUACGAUUGAUACUUCACAAGUUGCGAAUCAUGGGAAUUACAAGCCAAUCGUACGACUGGUUGACAUGCAGACUAAUAUGGAAAUUCGAGUGCAUCAGAUCGAAAAAAAACAAAAUCUUUUUCAUUGUUCUUAUAAACCCGUCGCACCAGGUGAUUAUUUAUUGAAUGUAAUAUGGGGAGAAAAAGAAAUUCAUGGAUCACCAUUUAAAAUCACUGUUGUACCAAAUAAUCACCAAGCUUCACAAGUUCUUUGUUCAGGUGAUGGCUUACGAAUGGGUGUAAUAGGGAAAGAAAUGCAAUGUUUUAUUGAUACACGUGCGGCUAUGCCAGGAGAAUUAACAGUCUAUUGUCAUGGAAUUAAUACGACAGCAAUCUGUCGACUUGUUGAUCAUCGAGAUGGAACAUGUACAUUAUCUGUGAAGCCAGAAGAAAUCGGAAGACAUAUAUUAACUAUUAAAUACAAUGGUGAACAUAUACCAGGAAGUCCGUAUAUAAUUAAAGUGAUUAGUCCACCAGAUGCUAGUAAAGUACAUGUUUUUGGCCCUGGUAUUGAACAUGGUAUUCUUUCAACAUUUCAACCGCAUUUUAUUUGUGAAACAAAAGGAGCAGGUGUUGGACAAUUAACUGUAAAAGUUCGAGGUCCAAAAGGUGCUUUUCGUGUUGAAAUGGAACGUCAACAUUUACAAGAUCGCACAAUUAUAUGUCGAUAUAAUCCAACUGAACCAGGACUUUAUCUUGUGUCAGUUAAAUGGAGUGGUGAACAUGUACGUGGUUCACCGUUUCAAAUGCAUAUAUUUGAAAGCGAAGAACAAUGUCGACAACAACUCAAUAGUUAUCAUUUACUUGAAUCGAAGCAGCAAAAGGGUGACAUCAUUUAA